AUGCCAGACACUAGGCUUCCUAAGUACCUGCUUAACUGGACCCCUGCCCAUGGGAGAAGAUCUAGGGGCCGUCCAAGAAAGAACUGGAGGAAAUGUUUGCUGGAAGAUGCUGCAGCGUUUACAGGAAACACUGACAUAGACCUAGAAGGAGCGAGCGAGAUGGCGUGUGCUUGUCCUCAAUUUGACGUGUACGCCACGCAAUGUCAAAAUAACGGCUUUGAUGCCGCCCAUUGGAGAGAAAAUGUAGCAUUCUGUCCGUACGACUGUCCUGAACCAACAGUGUACCUACCUGACGGAGCCACCCCAGUACCAACUUGCCUCAACAGGGACCCGUCGAAGACCGGGACUGUUGCAGGGUGUUUCUGUCCAGAAGGCCAGUUCCUACAGGAUGGACUUUGUGUGGAAGCUAGUGGGUGCAAGUGUCUCUACGAGGGACAUAUAUACGAUAACGGAGAAACUAUAGAAAAGAAAGCAGAGUGCCAAACCUGUACCUGUCAAGAUGCAGGGGAGAUGACGUGUCAAGAAAAAGUGUGCCCAACUCUUAAUUGUAAGGAAGACCAGCUGGAGGCUAGGAAUGAUGAUGAGUGCUGUUCCUACUGUAAAUCUAUAAACUGUACUGCUGAAGAUGGAACAGUCUACUCUGGAGGAGAGCAGUGGCCUGGAGAAGAUGGAAAAACUUGUACUUGUUUUGAGGCGGGUAUCAACUGUGUGUGUGGUGACGAAACUCUUGUCUGUCCGGGAAGCACUGAGAAAUGGACAAAUCCUGAGGAUUGCAAGUCCACGUGUACUAAAUUACCAGGUUAUUGUUCCAGCUCUAGUGAUCCUCACUACAGGUCGUUUGACGGAAAAUACUAUGAUUUUCAUGGAAAAUGUACUUACCAGGCAGCCAGCUGUGGCGACUUUGUUGUAAGUUUUAUUGUUUAG